AUGGAUAUCAAAUCUAUACUAUUUUAUGCAGCAGAAGGUUCGGCGAGCGAUUUUGAGGCUCAAGUGAAACAGCUCGAGAAACGACGGCUGAAAAAUGUGAUGCACAGUAAUUUGAAUGAGUCAAGUGAGAAAAUUGAUGAGUUUUGGGAUACGAAGGACGAGAAAGGGCGCAAUGUCUUGUUCCAUGCAGCGAUUACUGACAAUUUGAAGAAUUUUCUGUUCGUGAUGAAAAAACGUCAAAUCCAAAAAGAGACCCUUCAUUUUAUCACUGACUAUAACAAAGCUACAGUACUCCACUGGGCAACUCAAUAUAAUUGCAUAAAGGUUGUACGGGAACUGACUCAAAUGUUUGAAAAAUCUGAAAACUCUGCGGAACGAGAAUUUCUCUACAAUCUUAUUCUUGCCAAAGACUGCGAAUCGGUGACUCCUUUGCAUAUCGCCGCAACCAAGUUGGAUACUAAGAUUCUGAGGAUGUUCAUUGAAUCCCUCAGAUAUUAUCCGGCGGCUUCUAAACUUUAUUUGACUGUGCAAGACAAGCGACUGAGAACACCGAUACAUUACGCGGCUUGUAAAGUGAAUUUGGAGGCGAUUCGCAUUCUAUUAGACCAAAACUAUGGAUUUCUGCCGGACCAACGUGACAAGACAGGAGUGAUUCCGUUGAUGUGUGCAGUUGGUGUCAACCUGCCACAAGCACUACCCGUUAUUCGACUACUUCAAAAGAAGAAGCCAGUUUCGAUGACUCGUCAAAAUAGAGACGGAAUGACUGCUCUUCACAUAGCUGUAGCGGCUAGAAACCUUGACGCUGUCCAUUUACUUAUAGAGUUGGAGUGCUCCGUUGAUUUGGUGGAUAAUGAGCAACGCACUCCGUUGCAUUAUGCAGCGGAGCACGGGUACCCGGAAAUUGUCAGAUUUUUGUUGAGUCAAGGCGCCCGAAACUCAACUCGUGACAACAUCGGUGCCACACCUGCUCACUACGCCGCGCAAUUCUCCGUGGAAUGCCUUAAGAUCAUAUUCGAAGAGUCUAAAAUCACAGAAGUCAAUGAUAACGAGAAUCGGAGCUGUCUAAUGUGGGCAGUGUGUUCUGGGAAUAUUGAUGUGAUAAACUAUUUGAUUCAACGAGAGGAUACUCCGAAACGUGCGGCGCGGGAUAAGCAUGGGUAUACUGCGUUGCAUUUGGCGGCGAUGGUUGGAAAUGAGAAAGUUUGCAAGAUUCUGACUAAUCAGGGUUGGUCAUUCUCCGAACGCGACAAUCACUCCAACACCGCGCUCCAUCUGGCAUCCGGACGUGGGCACACCGACGUUCUGCGUUGCCUCGUUUCAUCCGGAGCCCACAUGAAUGAUGUGGAUGAGAUCGGAAGGACACCGAUAUUCUGGGCGUGUAUGGGUGGGCAGUCUCAUACAUUGCAUUGUAUGAUCAAGGAUUUGAGCUUUGAGUGGCGGACAUCGGGACCGAAUUCCCGUCCGGUCAGCGAUAAUUACGGAAGGACAGCGUUGCAUGCGGCGGCGAAUGCUGGCUCGUCGGCGUGUAUUAAUGUUUUAUUGAAUAUCGAGCAAGAAGACAACUUUCUCUCCUUCCCACUCGUCGGCUGGCUAGACAUAAACGGCGAAACAGCACUUCAUGAGGCAUGUUUGGUUGGAAAAUUCGAUUGCGUUCUGUCCCUGUUGAAAGGUGGAAGUGGCAUCAAUGCUUUCGGUCGUCUCGGGCGGACACCACUCGAUUGUGCACUUCUACCAACUCAAGGUCCACCGAAUAAGAUCAUAAUUGAUCAUUUGAAGUCUGAAAGCGCGCUGACUUAUUAUGAAUUGAAAAACGCCGCCGCCAUUUUGUUUCAGAGGUGUUGGAGACGGAGAAAGUUGAUUAGAGCUAUUCGACACUGA